AUGCCUAACACCACCAUUACCGUCAUCAUGGGUGUUGGUCAACAACGCCGCGCUAACCAGGGGCCACCUUCAUCGGCUGGUAACUCUGGUCAACAGCAGCAGCAUCCUUCGGCGCCGCCAUCAGUUGCCGGUGGACCACCAGAAUCAUCAUCAGGUCGCCCAGUUUCUGCCAACAUGGACGGACCAGGUGAAACACGCAAAAACCCUUUUGGUCCAGGCCUUGGUUUUGAUCCCGCCAGAGAUCAGAAGGAGGAGCCCAGAAAGUUUAAUACCCGUGUUGAGCUUCCAGUUUAUCGUGAUAGUGUGAGUAAUACUCUUAUUUGUUGA